AUGUCACCGCACACAGCAGAUGCCGCAGGCGCGGCAGCCCCUUCUGACGCCCCUCAGCAGAAAAACCCAUUCCCAGAAUUUCAGGUUGUAGUGUUGGCUGGAGGCAGCGGCUCUCGCCUUUCUUCCCUCCUGGACUCACAUGGAUCAGCUGGGGCUGUUUCGUGUAAGGCGUUGCUACCGGUCGCGAACCGGCCGAUGAUAUGGUAUUGUCUAAGAAACCUACAGGAAGCUACAUUCGGCGACGUAAUCGUUGUCACUCAAGCACAGCAGCAAGCUGAGCUCUCUGCAUACUUACAACAGGAGUUUCGCAGCUCAUUUCGGCGUCUUGAAGUUGUUGGACUGAAAUGUACACGCCGGGGGGAAGAAGAAGAUGGAGAGGACGGCGUUUCAGGGGUCAAUAGACGACGCUCAGUGGACAUCACAGAUGAUCCUGAACAGAGAGUUUGCGGCACAGCAGAAGCUUUGCAGCAGAUUCGCCACUUAAUUACAACGGAUUUCAUUGUCCUCUCUUGCGACCUUAUCGGCCACGUGGACUUUUUCGCCCUUGCAAAUCGACAUCGCGCGGAAGGGGCGGCGUGCACAGUUUACUUGAUUCCACGAGAUCCUUUUGCCGAGCCGACUUCAGUACAGGCCAGAGCGAAGGGAGGCGGCAAGAAGCCGAAGGAAGCUUUGCAGGAGAAAUCUGAUACGAGCAGGGGCAAUCCGGUGACGGUUGUUGUGGAUGACGCGGGUGUUCAAUUGCUCGCAAUCCAGGACAGACACAGCAUGAGUCAUGGGAGUUCCUUGCAGAUUCCGAAGCUCCAUUUAUUCUUGUACCCAUCCCAGCAUUUACUGCCUCAUUACUACGAUCCACAUGUCUAUGUUUUCACCCAUGCGACGCUUAAAAUUUUCGAUCAACCGUCGUUGCGCCACAGCCUAUAUUCGAUCCGCUUCGACCUCGUGCCCUACAUGACCACUAUGCAGAUGACGAGUGCAGCAGAAGUUUGGUCUAACAGCCGGCUCGAGUGCGACAUUUUUGAGCAAAAGCUGUGGGCCAUUCAGCAUCAAGGCGAGGAGGAACCAACGUCAACAUCCCAAACAGCGACAGCACCAACGAACGAAGUGCCCACAGGCAGCGGUUUGCCGGUUCAUUAUACCGCAGCUAACCCUCCCCCACGACCAGCCAAAGGGAACCGAGUCGUGUGUUGCAUACACCCAGAAGCAGCAGGGAUUUGUUGCCGCGUUAAUAAUCUUGCUGACUAUCGCGAAAUGAACAACAAGUUUUGUUGCGGUCGGCUGGAUGAAUUGCGAGCAGUACUUCCUGACUGGGCUCUACCAGAGCACAACCCUAAAAAGCCUGGCAGCAUGCGCGACUGUGUCCUGGCGGACGGUGCCACUUUAGAGGCAGAUGUUGUUGUCAAGAGAAGCAUCGUGGCCAAAAAUGCUUCACUACGGUCAGGCUGCAAAAUUACUCAGUCGAUCCUCAUGACCGGCACGGAAGUUGGACAAAAGGCAGUGCUCCAACGCGUAAUACUUUGCCCCGGCGCUAAAGUUGGGAGAGACUGCAAACUGGUGAACUGUCAAGUCAGAGGAGGGUUCUGCGUGCCAGACGGCACCAAUGCAGAGGACACGACACUGCCUUCCUUUACAGAUGGCGUGGAUUUUUCAGCUUUGCACCUAUAA